AUGAGCCUAUCCACCACAAAAAUCCAGACGACUACUGAUCUAUCUACUACAAAGAUCCAGACUACUAAUGGUUUAUCUACCACGAAGCUUCCGACAACUAUGGGCCUAUCAACCACAAAAAUCCAGACAACUACUGAUCUAGCUACUACAAAAAUCGAGACUAGUGCUGAGCUACUCACGACAAAAGUUCCCUUUACUACUAGCGAAUCUAGUGCGAAAGCUCAGACAGGAUGCUUUUCUCCAAAAGUAAUACUCAUUCCCAGUGUAUCAACACUCUCAUCACCAACGCAAUUUCGUCGAAGCCAAGAUUUUACCAUAGUUUCAAUAAUUGAACUGAAUUGUAACAAUUCAUUCUUAACAAGUUCACAAUGGACAAUGAAGAAUUGUACUUCGACUUGCUUACAACAAAUUCCCAUAGAUCCCACAAUUCCGACAACAUUCAAUGAAUUGUAUAUUCCUGCACGAACUUUACCUUAUGGUGUAUAUGAAGUCAGAUUAACAGUUACAAUGACUCAAAUGCCAAGUUUAUUUUCCUCGGAGGUUACUUAUAUUCAAAUAACUCCAUCAGGCAUAACGGCAAAUUUAGUUCAAUAUGGAACAUCAAUGAUUACACGAGGUGAUCAGCAAGACCUUCAAUUAGAUCCAGGAAGUUAUUCUGUUGAUCCAGAUCAAAAUAGUUUCAAUGCUAGUGCAUGGAAAUAUCAAUACUAUUGUCGAAUAUACGGAUUAUCUAUGUUUCCAAAUUCGCAAGGUUCAUUGAUGACAAUUGACGACAUGAGAAAUGAUUCAUCGAAUCCGUCAUGUUUGUCAUUGAAUCGAGCAGGAUGGCGGUUUGACAAUUCCAUCAAUUCGUCCUUGACAAUUCUUGCCGGGACGUUACAAUCCAAUCGUACCUAUCAAUUUAUGGUCUACAUGGAAAAUCGUCGAAAUUCUUCUCUUCAAGCUACUGGAUACGUUCUUGUCAAUGUCGAAGAUACUCGUCCACAAAUGAUUCUCAUAGGCUGUGUGAUAUGGACAAUGUGUCAGCCAAAUCUCGAAUUUCAACUUGUUAAUCCGACAACUCAAGUUGCUUUGUUUGCAGUUUGCGUGGGAAGCUGUUUGACAAUUCAAAAUAUCACGUGGAAUAUCUACCAUGGUUCAAUGAAUUCAAUAGCGAAUUUUACUCGGUGGAUUUCAUUCAAUCAAACAACAUCAUAUCAGAAUAAUUGGUUUUUCGGUACAAUCACGUGUAAUUUCACUGCUGUCAAUCAAUUGUUUUUGUCCAAUCCGGAUAUUGAACUUUGGCGAUUUGAAGUCGUUUACACUUUUACAUCGGAAACAAGUUCAAGUUCAUUGAAUUUUGUUAUCAAUCAACCACCACGAAAUGGCUCAUGUUCAAUCAGUCCUGUCAAUGGAACAACAAGUACUUUAUUCGAUAUUUCAUGUCCAGAUUGGUUUGACGAAGACAAAAUUAAAGAUUACACUAUUUACGGAUGGACAGAUAGCUCAACAAAGAAAAUGAUGGUUGCAUAUUCAACAGUACCGAUAUUUCAAGUUCGACUGCCACUUGGUGAUAAUCGAACAUCCUUACUUCAUUUGAUUGUUGAAAUUCGAGAUGAACUUGAUUGUAUUACACAGUACAACAUUUCUUCUGUGACUGUGAUCGCUGAUUCAGUGGCUAUUAUCAGUCUAGUGAAUGAUAUUCAACAUUCGCCGGCAAGAAACCCGAUUAUUCAAUUACUCGCAAGCGGGAAUCAAAAUGUAGUCGGACAAGUGAUUACUUCAGUCUCACUACAGUUUAAUCAAAUGAAUAAUGAAAAUAUUGACCAAGCAAUCUCAAACGGUGUUCCGAUGGCAAGCAUCGUCAUUUCAUCAUUAAACAGUCUGCAUGAACAACAGUCAUCAAUGCCAUUGAAUCAGUCAGCAUUGGACGAAUACAAUAAGGAACUAAAUUCUCGUGCAGCUGCACGAGACUACCUCAUCAGGUUCACAACACAACUAUUAAUAACAACAGUGAAUAACAUCAAAUUGCAAGCAUCAACAUUAGCGCAAUUAACUCAAGCGACCAAUGAACUGACAAGAGAAACUUUAAAAACGGCUUCUAAUCGAUGUUAUCAGUUAGCAUUGACUUUGGAAUCCAUGAAAGAAAAAACGCCAUACGAAGAUGUACAACAAGCUUCACUUGAUCUUUUUCAAUGUGCAGCUAAUCUUAUGAGCGCUGUUAAUGGACCGUUGCAACAGCGAACAGCCAUUCUCAAUUUAGAUUUUGAUCGAGGCACGAAUUUUCCCGAUGACUAUGAUACGAAUCUUGAACUUGAAUGGGCUAAGCUAAGUCUAUUUGCUGAUGGCGAUGAUUUUUCGUGGGAAACAAUACAAAAGAAUCGAAAUCUAUAUUAUCAAAAACUAUUGGCUAAGCAAAUCAGCGAUGAUAUGACCAAGUUGAUUUCGUUAUUAACGUCAUCACUGAACAUCAAUUUGAACGUUGGACAAGAUUUCAACAUCUCUACAGCACAGAUAUUGAUGUCAUUGGAAACAAAAGUUAGUCAAUCACUUUCAUCUUCAUAUACAAAACAAAUCGGAUAUGGGCAAGUUCAACUUCCAGAUAAUUUCAGUUCUUAUCUUGGCGCAAAUGAAAAAAUCUCCAUUCGGUCUAUGAUACAACCAUUGGCUUCAUAUGGGAAUUCCAAAUCAUCAUUCAACACAAAUCUAUCAAGAUCAUUAUCAUUUUCAAUUCUUGAUCAAAAUCAAAAUGAAAUCCCUAUCCGAACACCUACGAAUCAUUCUAUCAAAUUGAUCAUUCCUCGCGAUCCCAAUCUUCUCAUUCCAUCAAUGAUUUUGUAUAAUGUCACAUCGAUGAACUCGACACCUCAUAAUCUCAUUUUCAACUAUCAUUAUUUGAACCUGUCUUCAACACUUCCCAUUUCGGUCCAUUGGCAGAUUCAACCAUUGAAUAUAACUGUUGCUUAUUUGUUCAUCUAUCGAUUUGACCAAAUACCACAACUGAACAGUUCCACAAACGACCUCGAUGGAUGGACACUUUUCUGUCCUGAUGAAUUGACGAAUGAGAGUAUUUACACAUAUUUUAUUGAUAAUCAACGUACAGCUGGCCACCAAUCAGUGAUAUUUGGCCUCCGAGAACUGAAUGCAACAGAGAUGGGUCAACGAUGCUUGAAUAUAUCGGAGGAGACCCUUCCGAUUACAAAUGAACCAUUUCAUUUUACAUCCAAUUAUCAAUUGAGAGCUUAUACAUCGAGUUGUUAUUAUCUGGACGACGAUCAGCAAUGGAAAUCCAAUGGGUUAUUGGUUGGAUCAUCAACUAAUCUUUAUCAAACAGAAUGUCAUUCAACGCAUUUAACAACGUUUGCAAGUGGUUUUGUUAUUUUUCCUAAAGCGGUCGACUGGAGUUAUGUGUUUGCCAAUGCUGAUUUCACGAAGAAUAAAACUGUGUACUUAACGGUGAUUUGUGCUUCUGUGAUUUACAUUAUUUUAAUCGUUUAUGCACGUCACCAUGACAAAAAAGACGUUGAAAAAUUGGGUGUAACAAUUCUAGCUGACAAUCGCAAAAAGGAUCAAUAUUUCUAUCAGAUCAUCGUAUUUACCGGCGGAAGAAAAAACGCUGGGACGAAAUCGAAUGUACACUUCAUCUUACACGGGAACGAUGAUCAAACUCGGAUUCGAACAUUGGCUGAUUCUCAUCGUCGGAUUCUUCGGCGAAGUGGCAUUGAUUCAUUUCUCAUGAGUGUUCCCAAGUCGUUAGGACUAUUGAACUGUGUUCGAAUUUGGCAUGAUAAUAGUGGAAAAGGCUCAUCGGCAUCCUGGUUUUUGAAGUAUCUAAUUGUUCGUGAUUUGCAAACAAUGGAAACGUUUUAUUUUAUUUGUCAACGGUGGUUUGCUGUUGAGAAUGAUGAUGGCAAAAUUGAACGCGUCGUGCCUGUGGCAGGUGAGCUCGAAACACGUCAAUUCUCAUUCGUGAUAACCAAGCGAACGUAUCAUAGCAUUUCUGAUGAUCAUUUAUGGUUUUCAAUCUUCUCACGUCCACCCUCGAAUCAGUUCACCCGUGUUCAACGAUGUACCUGUUGUUUCGUUCUUCUGUUUGUUGCCAUGUUUCUGAAUAUCAUGUAUUAUGAUUUAUCAAAUGAAGGAAAAGCAACAAAUGCAUCAAGCAUAUCAUUUGGUUCACUUUAUAUAUCUCCUCGACAGGUUGUCAUUGGUAUUAUUGUGGAAUUCUUUGCUUUUAUUCCAAGCUUGUUGCUUGUUCAGUUCUUUCGACGACUUCGUCCUCGUCGCAAACGACAUUCACCCAUUCGACAAGCCCUAUCGCAAGCCAAGGGAUCUGUUCAAGACAGUCCUGAUCGAAAAUCGUUAUUCACCUUUCCGUGGUGGUGCAUAUUCAUAGCGUAUGGUUUAUGUGUAACACUAGUUGGUCUUUCGAUUCUAUUUAUCAUUGCUCGUGGCAUUGAAUUUGGUGAUACAAAGACACAAAAAUGGCUCACAUCGAUACUAAGUGGAUUCUUUUCCUCGAUUCUUCUCACUCAACCAUUGAAAAUCGUGGUAAUGGCGAUCAUCUUUACUUGUUUUUGUCGAAAAUCUCAAAAAGAUCGCGAAGCAAAUGAAUUCCUGGAUGAUGAUCAGAUUGGUCUAGAAGCAGAUGAAGAAUAUUUUCACAAAACUAAUAAGACUAGUGCCUUUAAAAAUUUUCUUUUUUUGCCAGAAUAUGUACCUCAUAGCCAUCUAUCAAUCUUAAAAAAAUCGAUUCGUUUGAAUGCACCGUUCGGAAGUUAUAGCUGA